AUGGAUUUGAUUGGUAAACUUCGACCUUCAUCAUUAGAACAACAUUAUUAUAUUGUUGUUGCGACAGAUUAUUUUACGAAAUGGGUUGAAGCUGUACCAGCCAAAUCGGUCACAAGUGAUAGUCUUGUACAAUUUAUUGAGCAACAUAUUAUCCACAGAUUUGGUAUUCCUGAAUCAAUUACGGCUGAUAGAGGUUCAGUCUUUAUUUGCCAUCAAGUUGAAGUAAUGGCUCAGCAAUAUGAUUUUCAAAUAUUGAAUUCAACACCUUAUUAUGCACAAGGUAAUGGACAAGCCGAGUCAUUAAAUAAGUCAAUAAAAGCCUCUAUUGAAAAAAUGGUUGACAAAAAUCCAAGAGAGUGGCACAUAUUAUUAUCGGAGGCUUUAUGGGCAUUGAGAACAUCUAAGAGAUCAAGUACAGGAGUUACUCCUUAUUCUUUGGUAUAUGGGUAUGAUAUCGUUUUACCUAUGGAGAUGACAGUUUGGUCCCUAAGGGUUGCACGUCAAAUGGAUUUAGAUCUUGAAGAAUAUACACAAGCUAUGUGCAUAGAAUUGCAAGGGCUGGAUGAAACUAUCUUGCCAUUAGGGAAGAAAGAUCCGGAGUUGGGAAAAUGGUCUCCUACUUGGGAUGGUCCCUAUAUUGUUGAUCAGGUUCAAUCAAGAGGUGUUUAUAGGCUAAAGGAUUCUUAUGGUAAGCUUUGCUUGAGAAUUGGUCACUUCUUCUGUAGCUUUUUCUUUGACAGUUGCUAA